AUGAGGAAUUUCAGUGGAGACCACGUAGAAGGGUUUGUUUUGGUGGGCUUCGCUGCCUCUCCACCCCUUCAGCUGCUCCUCUUUACCCUCUUCCUUGCAAUGUACUUGUUGACAUUGCUGGAGAAUGCAUUCAUUGUUUCUACCAUCUGGCUCACUGCAAGCCUUCAUCGCCCAAUGUACUUUUUCCUUGGCCACCUCUCUUUUUUGGAGCUGUGGUAUAUCAAUGUCACGGUUCCUCGACUCUUAGGAGCAUUUCUUUCCCAGAACCGUAGAGUCUCCUAUGUAGGUUGCAUGACCCAACUUUAUUUCUUCAUUGCCUUAGCCUGUACUGAAUGUGUCCUGUUAGCAGUCAUGGCCUAUGACCGCUACUUGGCCAUCUGUGAACCUCUCCGUUAUCCUAGUCUCAUGCCUUCCAGCAUGGCCACUCGCCUUGCUGCUUCCUCUUGGGGCAGUGGCUUUUUCAGCUCCAUGAUGAAGCUUCUUUUCAUUUCCAGACUGUCUUACUGUGGACCCAACAUCAUCAACCACUUUUUCUGUGAUAUCUCUCCACUACUUAAUCUCACUUGUUCUGACAAGGAACAAGCAGAACUAGUAGACUUCCUCUUGGCCCUGGUGAUGAUUCUACUCCCCCUAUUGGUUGUGGUUUCAUCAUAUGUGGCCAUAAUUGCAGCCAUCCUAAGGAUUCCUACUGCCCAAGGACGCCACAAAGCCUUCUCCACUUGUGCCUCUCAUCUGGUAGUGGUUGUUAUCUACUACUCCUCCACUCUCUUUACCUAUGCACGACCCCGGGCCAUGUACACCUUCAACCACAACAAGAUCAUCUCUGUCCUCUAUACUGUCAUUGUACCAUUCUUCAAUCCAGCCAUCUACUGCCUAAGAAACAAGGAGGUAAAGGAUGCCUUCAGGAAGACUGUGCUUGGAAAAUGCCACUAUCCCAGGGAUGUCCCAGACUGAUGUACAAUACAGCCUGGCAGGAAAGAUGAAACAUCAUCUUAAGAGUGACAUAUCAAAGAAUUAAUAACAUAGACUUAAUGGAAACAAAAUA